UCCUCCCAUUUGGAAAGCCCUUUCAAUAAAAAAGACAAGUGAAACCGAGACCCAUUCUCUUUGUCUUGCUCUCAAAAUCCCUCCUUUUCUUGUAGAUUUCAUGGCGAUGGGGUUUUUCUAGGGGUUUUCUAGGGUUUCCUUGCCUUUCUUGGUGCUCUGGUGCGGCGUAGAGGGAUGGGUUCGGAGAAGAAGGAGAGUGAUGGAGAGGAGGAAGUGAUGGAGGAGCCGUUGCUUGCGGAGAGUUCACAGAGGUUUUGCAUGUUCCCAAUCAAGUAUAGAGAGCUCUGGGAGAUGUACAAGAAGGCUCUGGCUAGUUUCUGGACUGCUGACGAAGUUGACCUCUCAUGUGACGUUCAACAUUGGGAAACUUUGCUGGAUUCUGAGAAGCACUUCAUAAGCCACGUGCUAGCAUUUUUUGCAUCGUCUGAUGGUAUUGUCCUGGAGAACCUUGCAGCAAGAUUCUUGAAGGAUGUUCAAAUUCCUGAGGCUCGAGCAUUUUAUGGCUUUCAGAUAGCCAUGGAGAACAUUCAUUCUGAGAUGUACAGCCUACUUCUUGAGACAUUUAUUAAAGAUCCUAAAGAGAAGCACAUGUUGUUUAAUGCUAUUGAAAACGUUCCUUGUGUAGCAAAGAAGGCUAAGUGGGCAUUGGACUGGAUUGAAAGCUCCAAUUCAUUUGCAGAGAGGCUUGUGGCCUUUGCCUGUGUUGAGGGGAUAUUUUUCUCUGGAAGUUUCUGUGCCAUAUUUUGGCUGAAAAAGAGGGGUCUCAUGCCAGGCUUGACCUUCUCAAAUGAGCUGAUUUCAAGAGAUGAAGGUCUCCAUUGUGACUUUGCAUGCCUUUUAUACAGACUUCUAGUUAAACAUCUCAGUUGGCAAAAGGUCCACAAAAUCAUUCACGACGCCGUUGAGAUUGAAAUAGAAUUUGUUUGCGAUGCCCUUCCGUGUGAUUUGAUUGGGAUGAAUUCAGUGCUCAUGAGCCAAUACAUUAGAUUCGUCGCCGAUCACCUAUUGGUUUCCUUGGGAUGCCAGAAGAAGUACAAUGUCGAUAACCCAUUUGAGUGGAUGGAAUUCAUCUCUCUGCAGGGUAAAGCUAAUUUCUUCGAGAAACGAGUAGGAGAUUAUCAGAAGGCGUCGGUGAUGUCAAACCUCCAAAAUGGGAAUGGAAGUUAUGUAUUUAGGACCGACGAAGACUUCUAGACACAGCAAGUGUGUCUGAUCUCCAGGUGCUCGCAAGGCCGUCUUGCAUCGAUUGCUUAUGACAUCUUUAUUAGGAGAGAUUGAAAUUUUUGUUUCCCUUUUGUUUGUUGUUAAGAAUCAAGAUACAUGAUUGAUUGAGUUUAAAAACUCUCUUUUUUGGCA